AUGGCCCUAUCGUGGAUGGGCAAACAUAUUUGGAAGUCUGGCACCGAUCUCACCACUACCCUUAAACUUCUAGCUACCCUUGUAAAGCCUACCUCUAUAUCUGGAGAGGCUCAGGAAAUCCAUCGUACGGUACUAUCGAUUACGGCACGAGAGCUUGCCGAUAAACUGAGAACUGCAAAAGCCCGUCACCCUUUGAGAACAGAUAUUGAACCCAUCCUUCAAGCACUUGAGCCGUAUCAAUCCUUUCAACGGACGGGCACUUCUAAUCGUUCCGAAUUGGAAGGAUGGAGAUCCAGCUCUGCCCCUGGUGGAAUGGUCACAGGGAUUCGAAACACAUUCUCGUCACUGGUACUCUGGAGCACAGAUCCUGAGAUCAGUAUGACUCCCCCAAGCUAUACCCAUAGGCAACUAUUAGCUGGAUUGAAACAUCUAGGUUCUGUCCGAGUUCUAGCGGGAAUACUUGAAGAACUUAAGUUACAGAGUGAAACCGGGAGUGGUGACCUGGCCAUUGAUAUCGCGGCAACUUUGAUAUGUGCACCGAUGCGUGAGUGUUUCUCGUUGGAACAAGCAGCGUAUCAAUCGGUGGGUGGUUCUUUGAAGGAUUCAUUGCCCCGCCGCCAAAUGCUCAAUCUUAGAGAUGCACUUAACCUUCAGAGAGAGUCCCUCUCCAAGAUGAUAGAGUAUGAACCUCACCGAGCUGAGCUCAUUGUUCGGCUGGCUAGACGUGUUGAUACCCUUACUUCUAUUCCACAAAUACCCCAGGGAGUUGAAAAUAUCGACGUUGGUAAUAUUAUGGCAAAUAUGGACCUUACAGGCGUCGAAGGAGACGGACAGAUGCAAAUAGACGUAGCUCAGCAGGCAGAGCAGCAAGACCAGCAGCACCAAAAUCUCACCGCUACCGGAACCGAUGCGACUCCUGGCACCAUAGACGCAAUUCUGGAUUCAGCUACGGCAGAAGGAGUGACUGCACCACCCGCUGGGACUGAAGUAACUAUGGCUCAUUCAGAUAUGGAUGCGAGCAUUUUUGACGAUAUGUUAAAUCCUACAGAUAUGGGUGUUGGGAACCCAGAGUUUAUUGAUUUGGAUAUGGAGGGGAUAUUCUAG